UCUCCAUGGGUGUGAUCUCACCGGGAGCCCCGCUCUGUCACUCAGACCCGCUUUCAUCUUCUCGCUGUCUCUCAGAGACAGUCACGCUCUUAAAAGUUUCACUUCCUGACUCGGGUUUAUUUUGUGUUAUAGAAUUGCUCGCCGCCCACUCGUUUCUCUCCGCGAUAUUCUGUCUAUCUCCCUUUUGUUGUCAUAUCCUGUUUGAGGAAAGAUAGAAGACAGAAGACCGACGGAGGAGAGGAUCGUGCAGUGAAAGCCAGGGCUGUCGCAGAGCCAGUAUGAGCGAAGAGAACAAGGAGUGGGCAAUACUGAGCCCGAAGGAGUUCACCCAACUGCAGAAGUACAUUGAUUACAGCGCCAGGAAGGUUCAAGAUGUCCUGCAGGAGUUUUAUGGUGGAGGUAGUUUGAGCCAUUUUUUAUCUGAAGAGUCGAUAGAUUUCGAGGGUUUUAGAUCUUUCCUGAAAACUUACCUGGAGGUGGAGGACAUUUCCCCUGACCUCUGCGAGCGGCUCUUCAUGUCCUUUCAGACAGGCUCAAGCAAACAAACUGAUGGGGACCAGACUGAUGGGAACAAAGAAAACUUCCGUGUGAGCCUGAAUGAUGUAUCCUGUUACUUCUCUUUGCUGGAAGGAGGUACUGCUGAGGACAAGCUCGAGUUCACCUUCAAGUUGUAUGAUAAAGAUGGCAAUGGACUCCUGGACAGUUCUGAAGUAGAUCGAAUAAUAACUCAAAUGAUGCGUGUAGCCGAAUACCUGGACUGGGAUAUUACUGAACUGAAACCUAUGCUGCAAGAGAUGAUGAAACAAGUGGACUCCGAUGGUAAUGGGAUUGUGUCCUAUGAAGAAUGGCUGAAAGGAGGUCUUACUACGGUGCCUCUGCUGGUGCUGCUGGGAAUGGAAGCUAAUAUAAAGGACGAUGGUCAACACUUGUGGCGCCUAAAGCAUUUCAAUCGCCCUGUGUACUGUAACGUGUGCGAAGCGCUGCUCUUUGGGGUUAGGAAGCAGGGACUGUGCUGCACCUUCUGUAAAUUCACUGUGCAUGAGCGUUGUGCUCGCAAGGCGCCUAAUUCCUGCAUCAGCACCUAUGCUAAGUCUCGCAAGGAUGCCAGCGGACAGGUCCAUGUUUGGGUCAAAGGUGGUUGCGAGGCUAACAAGUGUGACAAAUGUCAGAAAAAGAUAAAAAGCUUCCAGAGCCUCACUGGUGAACGCUGUGUCUGGUGUCAUAUGAAGGUUCAUGAUGAAUGUGCUCCUCUUGUUCCUCUGCUCUGUGAUGGAGGUGCCUUGAAAGAUCAUAUAUUGCCUCCUGCUUCUAUAUAUCCAGUUAUUCUGGAACGUCAGAACAGCCAGAAGAAUCUGCUUGCGCCCUCGGAGGAGUCAUCGCAGACCUUCAGCGCAUCAGACGGGCAGGCCCUGCGGGUGGUCCCGGUUUCAAACACACAUCCAUUGCUUGUGUUUGUCAACCCAAAGAGUGGAGGAAAGCAGGGGGAGAGGGUUCUGCGGAAGUUCCAGUACCUGCUAAAUCCCAGACAGGUUUACAACUUAAUAAAGGGAGGUCCGGCCCCCGGGCUUAAUUUUUUCAGGGAGGUGCCUGAUUAUCGGAUCUUGGUAUGCGGAGGAGAUGGGACAGUGGGUUGGAUCCUUGAUGCCAUUGACAAGGCAAACCUUCCCCAAAGACCACCGGUGGCUGUGCUACCCCUCGGCACAGGGAAUGACCUUGCACGGUGCCUGCGAUGGGGAGGGGGUUAUGAUGGAGAAAAUCUGGGAAAGUUCUUAAAGGACAUAGAGAAUAGUGCAAUUCUUCAGAUGGACCGGUGGAACAUUGAGGUCAUACCUGAUAACCCAGCAGAGAAGGGAGACCCUGUACCUUAUGAGAUCAUCAACAACUAUUUCUCAAUUGGAGUGGAUGCCUCCAUUGCUCACCGAUUCCACGUCAUGAGAGAGAAAUACCCUGAGAAAUUCAAUAGCAGAAUGAAGAAUAAGCUUUGGUACUUUGAAUUUGCCACAUCUGAGACUGUUUUUUCUACGUGCAAGAAGCUGAAAGAGUAUGUUACGAUUGAGUGCUGCGGUGAACCAUUAGACCUCAGUUCUGUGUCGCUGGAAGGGAUUGCUGUUAUCAACAUUCCCAGCAUGCAUGGAGGUUCCAAUCUGUGGGGAGAAACUAGGAAACUCUUGGGAGAAGCUCGCAAUUCGUCAUGUCAGAACCUCCCCGAGGCCAUCACAGACCCUGAAGCCUUGAAAUCAUGUGUACAGGACCUCAGUGACAAGAGGCUGGAAGUGGUUGGACUGGAAGGUGCCAUAGAGAUGGGGCAGAUUUAUACCGGCCUGAAAAGUGCAAGGAAACGGCUAGCAAAGUGCUCAGAGAUUACUAUCCGAACCACAAAGGCCCUUCCAAUGCAGAUUGAUGGCGAGCCCUGGAUGCAGCCACCGUGUACGAUUUCAAUCACGCACAAGAACCAGGCACCAAUGCUGUGGGGCCCUCCUCCACGAUCCUCAAGCUUCUUUUCUCUAAAAUAAGGGAGGACAUAGUUAUGC